AUGCAUAUCCCCUCCGCGCAAAACGUCCUAGCCGCCGGCCUAGCACUCACUGGAAGUUUCCGAGAGCCCAACACCGUCUCCAAAGGCCACGUCCUCGACUUCGCCGUGGAGCAGUGCCUCGACAGCGACGGCAACGCGCGGUGCUCGAAGCCGUUCCUCGUCUCCAAGUCCUCGUGCUACCAGCUGGAGUGGCGCACCGAGGGGACCCUGACGCACACGACGGCCGAGGUGCGGGACGCCGGCUCCGGGGAGCUGGUGUUCUAUCGCGACACUAAUGGGGAUUGGGAGACUGAGAAGGGGGAGCUCGUCUACCUCGACUUCAAACCCAAGGUCCCGUCCACAGGGAACUCGACUGUGCAUUAUGAGGUCCGGACUUGCGAAUAA